AUGAGGAAGGCGGAGGAGAUGUUUUUCACAGAGGAAGGCGAGGUGGUCAAGCACAGCAUGGCAACCAAGCAAGCAGCCCUGGAUGCAGCGUAUCAGGCCCUGGUCCAGGACAUGGAGCAGGCAAUUGCUAGGAGCACGGAUACGCAACUUCGUCAACCGUCUCUUCGCGGCAAACCUCCUACGGUGAAAUGGGUCCCCGCCACGGCCUUCCAGAAGAAGCACCAGAAGUCUUGGGUUUGGGGCUCCCUGGCGAAACCACUGAUCUGGCUCAGGGGCAAAGCGCAGGAAACUAGAGCCUUCUUCGCGGGCAAGUGCAACGAGAUUCGGAACCGAGAUCCGCAUCACCAGGUCACGCCGCAACGAAAAUGUCACGAAUUUCGGUGUCCAGAAAGUGUGACCAGCAUUUCCAGAUAUGACGUCAACUGGGCCUUAGAAGAGGUUCAGUCCCCGCCCCAGCAGCUCAGCAACUCUGGGUCACUCCAGCAGGCCCUGGAUACGUUUAGGAACCUCCUGCUGGCCAUCAGUCUGGACAGCCAGGCCGGGUGCCUCAACGCCGAGUUGGUCGAUCGCAUGUUCGUUGAUUUCUUAGACGAGCUGGAGAGUAGCAUCAGCCAGGAGGAGAGGCAGAGCGCCAACGACAGCAACAAGCAGUGGAGGGACUGGGCGGCCGAGGACCUGUACCAGAAAGCGCUCCACAACAAGUUCAGUACCCACAUUUUAUCGGUCAUUCUCAAUCAGCAUAAGUCUAGAAGAUUAGUGUCGUUCUCGUCUAUGGUCACCGACGUGGGCUACACCACCAGGGGAAUCCCAGCAGGCGACAGCUUCGCCACUUACCUCGUUCAAAUGUAUUGCAUCAAUGAGCUAGACGCCUGGCAGUCUCAGCACAGUAUGGUGCAGCUGAGCGUCUUCAUCGACGACUUCCUCCAGCAAGCUGAAAGCAGUUCUAUGCUGACGGUGCUGACAAACCUGACAGAUGCAGCCCAUGACAUGCGACAGGUGAUCGAGUUAGACCUACAGUGCCCUGUGGCCGAUCACAAAUCAGUAGUCCUUGCGUCUUCCGAGAAGUUGCAGUUGCAGAUAGUCAAGGCCCUUGGAACCAAAGGCGGACAGGCACUAGACUCGGCAGCCAACUUGGGCAUCGAAGACAGCGCUGGGCGCAGCAGAACGUACAAGAAGCACAG